CGCAGUCAUAGAGUCUUCUUGAAACGUAGCGGUCAAAGGCAUCGUUUGUUUGUUCAAGUCUAGGCAGGAGAGAUAGACCGAGAUAGAGACAGAGAGAGAUAGGGUUGUGGGCCAUGCCGGUCACAAAGUUGGAUCCUGCUUAGCAUCGCUUAAGCGAUCCUGUUUUCGAUCAGGUCUCCGCUGCUCGCUUCGCUGCUUUCCCCCGACAUUCGGUCCAAACCGAACGGAACAACCGAGGUCGGCUCGCGUUUUCGAGCAGCUCAGCCAGCGUCGCGAGUCAAGGAGAACUACGGGAGCUCACGCUCUUCGAUCCAUGCUUCAUCAAGGGGCCUUGCUACAAAGGAGUCAUUUGGUUCCCUGGCUCCGAGUUUCUGGGGCCGGGUUGGUAUUGCAAAGACCGCUUGGCGGUGAAAAAGACGGAGCUCUUCGAUGAGUGUCACAUUGUGGCCCCUUGCUUCUACGGGGCUGUGUGGACCGGCAAACGCUGGGAGUGCGCCGUGGAAGACAAGAAGAAAGUUCUCAAGAAAUACGAGGAGCUGAUGCAGAAGCUCAUCGAAGGCCCGCAUCGCGGCGACAAGAUUUGGGCCAUCGAGGCACUGGACAAAGAGUUGCCCAAGUUGCCCACCAGCUGUCCGGACCGUGGAUAUCAGGCGCCCAAGAAGUGCAGGAUGAUCGGCAUGGAUCAUGGCAAACUCAUGCUGAGCGUCGAAAAGAGUACCAUUCUCUUUGACUUGGUGGUUUGUGAGGAUCCGGAAAUGCGUGGGCGAGCUUCCAGCGUGCUCUACAACAUCGCGUGGACGCCGAGCGAACUUGAAAGUGCUGGUGAAGAAGAUGGGUGGUCUAGAGAAGUUGAUCCAAGACUUCAACCCCGAGACAAAUACCACUGAGAAGCGACGUGGCAAGGCACUGUUUGGCUUGAAUAUGCUUGCAAGCGAGUGCAAGGCGCUCUCUCCGGACCUGUGCGACUUUUUUAGUCCCUUGACCACGAUGAACUCCACAGGGCUCUCGCAACUGGUGUGGCGACCACCCAAGGGAUGCGGUUGGCAGCUGCAGGUGGCUCUGCAGGAAGCCUGGGUGUCCAGCUGUACCGUCAAGCAGGGCCUGCCAUCGGUCGAGGACUAUCAGGCCUGUGGUGGCCGAUACUUGAAGAACUUGACCAAUGGAACUGAGGAGCAGGUCUAUGCCACCCUGGAGAGCUUGCAUUCCCUAUUGAAAGAGGACCUUUGGAAGCAAAGCUAUCGAACGAACCUCACGCGCGAGGUGAAGCCGAUCUUUCAUAAGCUUCAUACAGAAGCGAAGAUGGUGGCGCAGAAGCUUAUGGUUUGAGGUUUGGUCUGAGCGCGGCUGCUUGAACAUUCAUCCAUGCAGGAAGGCUUGACAUGAGGGAUCAUCACAUAUUUUCGAGCUUGACGCUUGACCGGGCAUGUUUUUGCUUCUUUGACCUAGAAAGAAGGCAAAUGCUACAAGAGC